AUGCUCAGGGCCUCGCUGCUCAUCCUCCUCGCCGGGCGCACCCUCACGCUCGGCGCGGCCGCCCCUCGGCAGCCGGGCCACCUGGACCCCAUCGACGAGUGGGCGCGGAACCACACCAGCUGGCAGUGGCGCCACGACCCCAAGUACGACAGCAUCACCUUUGCGCGCGAGAACCCCCUCUUGCUGCCCCGGGGGAACGCCACGGAGCCGGCCCACGUCGAGGCCCUCGGCGUCCUGCUCGGGGAUGUGGUCCGCGCGCUCAAGAUGCUGCGGAGGUGUGCCCCUGCCGCGUGCAACCGCUCCGACGAGGCUAUUGCAAAGUGGCAGGCCAUGGUGGACAAGCUCCGGUCCGGGGGCGCGCCGUUGCUCAAGUCCGAGUACUUUGAUGCUCUCGAAGCGGUGCGCAAAGCCGCCGUCGCCCUGAGCUCAGGAUGUACCAUGGAAUACCCAGAGACCGACCUCGUCCCGCUGGCCGCCUCCCAACUCCUCCAACACCACGUUCUCCUGGUCGGACUCUUGUAUGAUGCUUGCGGCUACGACAGCCUGCCCUCGUACUUGAUGGACCGCCCGUGGGAGACCGCUCUCGCCCUGCUCAGCGUCGCCGGCCCUUGA